UUCCUUUUUUUUAUAAAACUCUCGUCAUCUUCUCACGAGGAGGCCUCUCCCAACUUCCUAUAGAACACACGCGUACAAAUACCCAAAAAAAACCCUCCUCGCAGAUCCUUCUCCUUCCCCCAAUCCCUUCACUUCUUAGGGUUUCUUUCCCUUCACUCGUUUAUCACCGUUGGAUUUUAAUCUAACGGCCAAGAAACAAAACACUCAAGCUCUGCCGGGCUUCCUUCUUUGUUUCUUUGAAUUUCGAGAGUUCCGGUGUUUAUAUAGAGUUCGGAGCCGGUCACUCUUCGUCGUUCUCCGAUGUGGGACUAUUAUUUUUUUCUUUUUAGGUUACAAUGGGAUCUUAUAAAUGGGAGCGGGAUCUUUUGGGAUCUUUGAAUUUCUCUAGGGUUUGAUUUGAGACUUCGUUCAUCUUUGUUGUUAUUCUUCUUCUUGUUUCAUUUGAGCGAUGAAGUCGGAGAUGGCGUCGGUCGCCGGAUUCUGGACCGACGACGACCGAGCCAUGGCCGUCGCCGUCCUUGGCCCCCAAGCCUUUGACUACUUGACUGCCAGCCAUGUCCCGCCUGAUGGCCUCUUCACUGCUGUCGGCUCCGAUGCUGACCUCCAGACGAAGCUUGUUGAUCUUGUGGAGGGUUCGGCUGGCUGGACCUCGGCGAUUUUCUGGCAGAUCUCGCGUCCCCGCUCCGGUGGUGACCUUGUUCUUGGUUGGGGCGAUGGGUACUGUCGCGAGGCGGAUGAUGACGCUGCGGGAGCGAACGAUGAUGGGUUGCAGCGGAUGCGGAAGCGGGUGCUGCAGCGGCUGCAUGCUGCUUUUGGCGGGGGUGCCACCGACGAUGAGAACUACGCGCUCCGGCUCGAUCGUGUCACUGAUGCCGAGAUGUUCUUUCUGGCGUCCAUGUACUUCUCGUUUCCUCGCGGGGAUGGCGCGCCUGGUCGGGCGUUUUUGUCUGGGAAGCAUGUGUGGAUCUUGGACCCCUCUGAUUACUGCGUCCGUGCGUCGCUUGCCAGGUCUGCGGGGUUCCGGACCAUCGUUUUGGUGCCCUUUGAGACUGGGGUUCUCGAGCUGGGAUCGGUCAAGGUGAUUCGAGAGAGUUUGGAAGGGUUGCAGGCGAUUAGAUCUGUGUUCACGCCUGUGAUGAAUGAGAGGAAGGAUGAGAGUACUGUUUUAUCUCCUCAUAUUGGUUUGGCCAGGAUUUUUGGGAAGGAUUUGAACAUUGGGAGGCCUCCGGCUGCAGCGCCAGCAGCUGCUAAGGUGGAUGAGAGGCCGUCAUGGGAGAUUUCUCAAGCGAGCAAUGGCCCGAUGUUGAAUGGUGGUAGAAAGGGGUUGCAACAAGCUAUGAAUUGGAAUCAUCCACAAAGGUUUAGUAAUGGUGUGGUUGUCAUGGGGAACGAAAUGGAUUCCUCUAAUAGGGCUGCUGGAGUUUUGGGUCAUCACCAUAGCAAUGGGGCCAGUCAGUUUCCGGCACAGAAGCAGCAGACUCCUCAGCAAUUGCCCAGGCAGAUUGACUUCAGUGGUGGCGCGAGCUCAAGGAUGGGUUUUUCAAUUGCCAGAAUGGGAGCCAUGGAGUCUGAGAAUUCAGAUGGAAAGGCAUUAUGCAAGGAAGAGAGGCCUGUUGUGAUUGAGGAACAGAGGCCGAGGAAGAGAGGGCGAAAGCCUGCCAAUGGUCGGGAGGAACCACUAAACCAUGUAGAAGCGGAGCGGCAAAGAAGGGAGAAGCUCAACCAAAGGUUCUAUGCGUUGCGAGCUGUUGUGCCAAACAUCUCAAAGAUGGAUAAGGCAUCAUUGCUCGGGGAUGCCAUCUCAUACAUAACUGAACUGCAGAAGAAAGUCAAGGAAAUGGAAUCAGAAAGAGUGCAUUUUUCCGACCCUUCCAUGCUGGAGCACAGAAGGCUGGUGCAGUGCCCGGACAUUGAUGUUGAAGCACUGCAGGAUGAGGUGGUGGUCCGCGUGAGCUGUCCUCUGAACUCACAUCCAAUCUCUAAGGUCAUUCAAGCAUUCAAUGAGUCACAGAUCAACGUGACUGAUUCAAAGAUCUUGGUUGGUAAUGACUCAGUGUUGCACACCUUCGCAGUGAAAUCACCAGGCUCUGAGCAGCUCACAAGAGAGAAAUUGAUUGCCGCUAUAUCUCACGAAAUGAAUUCAUAAUGUGUAUUUUGUAUUGCAGAUUAGAUUGAAGUAGAUGAAGAAGUAGAUCACGGUUAUGUAGAUUGAAAUCCUAGUAGAAGCAAUUGUUAAACCUGUUGUUUAUUAUACUCAUAGAAUUUCAUGAGGACUAUAGGCUCUGACAUUAGCAACCAUGACUGAUCUGAAUAUAUUAACUUGGGGGCACUAUUUUUAUCCUCUUGCUUUCGUCAAGCUAUAACUUCUUCAAGUUGUUGGAGGUCAUGAUCCAUUAGUUAUUUGGUGUGAAGCAUAUAUGCUUGAGAGUUGAGUCCUUCUAUUGUGUUUGUUGUAUUCGUCAAGAAGCGUUCACCUGUUUUUACAAGGUAAUUCUUCCUGUCACUAGAUGCAUGAAAAAACAUACUAUGAUCACAAAUUAAAUGUAUUGCUAUAGAUGUUGUUCAAAGUUCUUUUCUUGAUUGAGUGUACAUGAAUUUUAUGGUUUAUAUAAAAUUCCUCUGUGUACCUUAAUUUUGUCAACCAGUCUUUUGUAACCAAACAAGCUUAUGUUGAAUGAAAAGUUAUACUAUUUCGUCA